AUGUCCUCCACAAGGCAGCGAUUCGGUGCAUUUGUCGUCCUUGUGUUGCUCUGUUCUUUAAUUUGGCAUCUUAAAACCGGCCUAUACGCAACGCCUGCGCAGUUACUGCCCGACAUGUCCGUCACUCAUAUCGUUCUUUUCCAGUUCAAGCCAAGUGCUGAUACGGAGGCUGUUAGCGCUGCCUGUAGCCGCAUGCUCGCACUCAAAGACAACUGUCUUCAUCCAUUGUCUCAACAGCCGUAUAUCAAAGCAUCAUCUGGUGGAAUAGAUCACUCAAUUGAAGGGAUCCAGAAUGGUAUAACACACGCCUUUGUUGUCGAAUUCGCAAACAAGGAAGACCGGGACUAUUACGUCCAGAAAGACCCUGCACACCAGGAUUUUAUCAAAAGCCUUGACGGUAUUAUUGAGAAGGCGCAGGUUAUUGAUUUCACGGACAGGGCGUUUUAA